CAGCUGGCACCGCCUCGCAUCCCCGACCGUUCGUCUCCCCCGGGUAUAAAUAUACAAGUCUCGCAACCCCCCUUUCUCUCCGAUUAAAUCGAUCUGCAACAGCGGCACAGAAAGAGCGAAGCAACAGGAUCUGGAAACAAAAAGAAUCGACAUAAGGGAGCUUCUCAAAAAGAACAGCAGAGAUAAGGAUCGGAAAUGCAAGCGAAGAUUACACCAAUUUCAGAGAUUCGUGCAACAAAAGAUGCAAUUACUAUCCAUGUGAGGAUCUCAAGGAUCUGGGAGCAUAGAGGUAAUAGUGAACAGAACGCCAUCAAGCAUCUUGACAUGGUUCUGAUCGAUCAGAAGGGACAUGCAAUCUACUCGGAAAUACCACCACAGUUGAUAAAUAAGUUUAAGCCAUAUCUAGAAGAAGGGAACAUUGUUUAUAUAAGCAAGCUAGGUGUGGAAAAGGCUAAACCGGGCUAUAGAGUCGUAGAUGGGCCCUACAAGUUAAAAUUUGGAAUCAGAACAGAGAUGAUACAUGCGGAUACUGAUGAUACAACAUUUCCAAAGUAUGUAUUCUCCUUAACUUCAAUUGAAGACCUAUCACAAUAUGUGGGAAGAACUGAUCGUUUCCUACAUGUUAUUGGAAAAAUUAUAGCAGUAUCAAAUGCAGCAGUCGUGCGCAAUGCUUCUGGUGAUGUUACAAUGCGUAGAGUGAUAAAACUUGAAGACCAUAAGGGAAACGCAAUGGAUCUAUCGCUCCAAGGACAAAGAGCUCUUGAGUUUGAUGGUGAGGCAGUCCUACAAGUUGGCCAGAGCAACCACAUUAUUGCAAUAUUUGUAGGUACCUUGAUGAAAACAUACAAAGAGAACUUCAAGUUUCUUAGUGGAACUUCAGCCUGUCGUUGGUAUAUUAAUCAAAAUGAUAUUUUUGCUAUCAAGAAUUCCAAAGAACGCUGCCACCUCACGUCACGCCCAUUCAGCAACUUCACUUACAAAGUGAGGACUACAUGCAGCACAACUUUGAGCAAAAAAACAUUGUUCCAGCUUAGAGAAAUAGAUCCUUUCACCCAAAGGACUGAAAGAUACCAAUGCACAGCUACACUAAUUUCCAUAUCGGAUAAUCAGCACUGGUGUUAUCAAGCUUGCAAAGUUUGUUACUCGAAAAUGAUUCCGGGCACAGAUGGAUAUCAGUGCACAAAAGUUAGUGGUUGCCCAUGCACACAAUUUGAUUGGAAGUACAAAGUUUCAUUUGUCGGAGCUGAUGAUACUCACAGCUUAGAGUUCAUGUUUUUUGAAAAGAAAGGAGCAGAACUCAUAGGCAAAUCAGCUGAAACUCUACGAAAACAGUACGAACCAAGCACCAUUCCACCAGAGAUAUCACAAUGGAUAGGACACAAAUUCACAUUCAUAGUGAAAGUGCUAUCCAAGAAAAGUGCCCACAGCAUUGAUCCUUCUUUCGAGGUACUCUUGAUUAAAGAAAGGCAUGGUAAACAAGCAACACUACCAACUAUUAGGUACAAGACCUCAAUAAGGCAACACUGACACAACCGAGCAUAAUGAUUUACCACCGCUGAUAACAAUACCAUCCAAAAGAAAAAGUACUGAGGCUUCAUCAUCACAAGUCACACAGUACGCAGACAUAAAGGACAUGGACAUAGAUCGACAAUCUUUUGCUUGGGAUCAGACUGAGAGCCAUAACAACACUGAUGACGAGGAAGACGAUGAGAACAAAACAAAGAAGCUGAAGCGUCAUGAAUAAGACAAGCGCAAGAGGUUCUUGGGGAAGCAUUUUGGUCAGCAAAGACACUGGUUCUGGGAGCAAUAUUUUGGAGUGCAAAGCCACGUGGGAGCUAGCUAUAAUUUAGACUACCAAUCUAAUAACUACAAGCACCAUUCUGGUAGCCUCAUAGUUAUAGACUCUCAAAAUGGAUGUCUUUUGCAUAGCGGGAUCUCAACUGAAAACCUUACUGUACUCCCUGCUAAAGGCUGUUGCUGUCAUCUGCCAUUGUCUGCUGCUAACUGUUGGCAAAGGCAACCACAAGAAUAGUGUAGCGACUGUGUACUUUAUAAUUCUCAGUAUUUUGUCUUUGCCAUAACAUUUGAAUUAGUACUCCAUGCUUAUUUAACA